AAACAGAAAGUUACGGGCUGUUGAGAGAGCUUAAGCAUAGAACUUAGAAGUUAGAGCAUUGUAUUGGUCACUGUGUUUCAAGCGUGGUUUUUUAAAACUGAUAAAUUUCCCCAAAUUUAGCAAGUAAAAUUUUUAUAGGAUACAAUACUUUUUUUUUAACUAAAAGAGGAGAUAAGAGCCUAGGUUAAGGCUAGGCUGAGUAUAUAUAAGUAAAUAAUUUGUGCUUUCAGUUUCACGCUGCAUAUAGUUUAUUACAGUAUCAAACAGUAUUUUUUAAACCACUUUGAUUGUUUAGAAAGCAGUCCAGGUUUAGAGUUUGUUAGAGCUAGAGUUGCAGUAAGAUCGCUAAAACUAAUUACAACAACACCUAAAAGUUAAUGAAGAGGAUGGUUUCAAAAGCUCAAAUAGGAUUCUACUUCCAUUGGGCAGACAACUUUGGUAUCAGUUACUGCAGCAAAUUUAUUUAUGAAAAGUUUCUACUCCUAGAAGGUUAUUUCAUCCAGUUUUCGAUGUACAAGAAGAUGGCAGCUUGAAAAGCUAAAUAAACAUUAAACCCAGGUAUCACCACCACAAACUGCAGCUGUUACCUUCUCUAUUUGCACCAGAAAAGAGCAGUAAUAAUUGAUUGUAUUCUGCGUUGGGGCCAACAGUUAUCAUCAUGCUUUCUGAUGUUUAUCUGGAGGAAAACUCCAGUGAUAUUCAUAUGAUACUUGAUCCUUUAGAGCUGACAGACAUCAACCAGAAUCUCUGUUCUUGGCCUCCUCAAGGUUUUGAUGAUGGAAUCACUGGACUUCCUCCACGAAAGGAAAGUCAGAUAUUUUCUGUUGCCAUGGGAAUGAAGAAGAAGAGGAAUGUAAUGCUGAAUAAAAAUGAACAAAAUUCUAAUUCCAGAGCAAUUAGACUUAAGUGGAAGAAUGCAGCAUACCGAGCUCUACGCAUGGCAGAUCCUUGGAAGGAGUUUCAUCUGGAGAAGUUGGAAGUCGAAACUGCUACUCGCUACCGCUACAGUGCCCUUCGUAAAGAUUGGGUUGUGGAUGAAGUUACUAUCAAAAUGGCUAAAGAGUCCUUCAACCAUGGUGCGAUGAGGUCAUGUUACAGAGUGAAGAAACUCUCCAACUUUGCUCAUGAUAACUGGGAGCACGCUUCUAAUUACGUAGCCAAAAAGUACAUGGAGAAUGUAAACAGAGAGGUGUACUUUGAGGAUGUCAAGUUACAGAUGGACGCCAAACUGUGGAGUGAGGAAUACAAUCGUCACAAUCCUCCGAAAAAGGUGGACAUAUUUCAGAUGUGUGUGAUUGAAUUGUACAGUAGACCUGGAAAGCCCCUCUUUCACUUAGAACAUUAUAUCGAAGGUAAAUAUGUCAAAUACAACUCCAACUCUGGUUUCAUCAGUAGUGAAGGACUUCGUCUCACUCCUCAGGCUUUUAGUCACUUCACAUUUGAGCGAUCAGGUCACGAGUUAAUUGUUGUAGACAUUCAAGGGGUUGGUGACCUUUACACUGACCCACAGAUCCAUACUGCUUCAGGAAAGGAUUACGGAGAUGGAAAUCUGGGCCCCAAAGGCAUGGCGUUGUUCUUCCACUCACAUGUGUGUAACAAUAUCUGCCAUAGUUUGAGUUUGUCACCUUUUGAUCUUGCAGUACCAGAGAAGAAAGCCAAUCAAAAGAUAGCACAUAUGCAGCGAUCCUGCAAGACGAGAGUUCGGGGAACAGAAGAAAUCUGCAUUCUUCCUUCUCAGUAUGAGCGAUCUCACCUGACCGAGUUUUUGCGGGCUCGUACUCGGACCUAUAGUGGAUCUUCCCUUCCAGGAAGCCCUUCAGACAGUGAAAUCCUUGGUUCUCCCGUGGACUUCUACAUCCGCUGCAGGAGUAGGGACAGUGGUAACCGAACCAUGAGCUCAGGCAGUGAAGACAUGGAUGGAGAAGAUGAUGAAAGGAGUGAAGAUGAAGAUGAUAUUUCCAAUCUUGGCCUCAAUUCAGACUCUGGAGUGGGAUCUCUGCAUCUCUCAAGAAGAAAGAGAUAUGAUUCUGAAAGUAGUGCAACAUCGGUUGACGAACGUGAACGUGUAGCUUUUCAAGAGUUGAUUGCCCGUCAGUCCCGCCCUUCUUGUGUCCACAAUGAAGUCCAAUUGAGGAAGAUGUUGGAAAAUGAUGAAAACAGAAAUCCAGAAACAUCGGUCCUGGGACAGGUUCACCUAGAAAUGGCUAAGUAUCAUGAAUUGGGGCGGUUUACAGCAGAGGAUGAUGAAGAAGAGUAUAAUCGCGAUGCUGCUUUCUUUCACAUGCAACAUGCCGCAGACUGUGGAAUCAUGGAAGCUGUGGUCACCAUGGCUCGUAUCUACUUGCAGCUGCAGCAUGACCUGUUGGUUGAUAUUUCUGUGCCUGACACUCCACAACACCAGGAGAAAGGUGUGUGGUACAUGCUUCGUGCAGCUUCGGGUGGAGACAGAGCUGCUAUUAUUCACAUGGCUAAAGCUUUUGAUACUGGCGAAAACUUGGGAUUGUCACGAGAGAAGUCUUGGAAAGAAGCUGUAUACUGGUAUGAUAGAGCUGUUAACAUGGAAGAAGGUGAAGAAUUUGAUGCUUGCAUGGAUGAUCCAGCCUACCUCUUGCUGUCCCGACAAGCAGAUCUGUACCGACAAGGAGGGUAUGGUCUUGAGAAAGACUACAAUAGAGCGGGUGAACUGUACCAAGAAGCAGCAGAGGCUGCCAUGGCAGCCAUGAAGGGUCGACUUGCCAACAAAUUCUACAUGUUGUCUGAAGAAGUGUGGGGUGAAAUUGAGGAAUAGUUGGUUAAUGAAAAGAGGCUGCUCUAGCGAACAACUUUUAGGGUUGGCUGAAGAAUACUUGACAUAGUAGAGCUGAAGAACAGGUGCUGUUUUGUCAGUAUAUGUUUAUUUUGUCCUUAGCUUUUUUCAUAUUGUUUAUAACUUGAUCCUGGUUCUUUUAACAAAAGUUUUUUUUUCAUCUGGGGAGAAGGAAGCAAGGACCUCAAUUUUUCAUUUUUGGAUUGAAAGUGAUUGAGUAAUUAGAAAGAUGAAACAAAGUUCAAGUUGGACUUAAGAACAGAAGGCACAUAAAGAAACACACAUGUUGUAGUAAAUGUGUUAUAAAAAUCACUGAAUGAUAACAGAAAGCUUUCUUUACCACUGGAAUAGUCUGCUUCAAUGAAGAUAAAGGAAGUAUGCAGAAGGUAACAUUUGCAGUAAGAUGAUAUUUUUGGAGAGUUACUAAGAUGUCUUGAAAUGGUUUUAUAAUUAAGACCGUAAUGGAAAACCAUCUGUGAUGAUUUUGUGAAAUUUAGUUAGGCUUCACACAUGAACAACAUGGGAAUAUUUGAGCAAGAAUUGUUCUUAUCAAGCUGUUUUAUGAAAGUGGAACAAUGAGCUUAUUACCAUGUGUGAUACUUGAAGGUAAUAAGAAACACCUACCCUGUUACUGAGUAACUCUCUUCUUGUGAAGUUGAUAUCAGAAUAACUUUUAAAUUUGUUUGUGUAGAAUACAUAGCUAACCAGUAGUAAAUAAAGUUUAACACCAAUAAAAGUGUCAUUAAGUAUUCUACAAUUCAAAUGAAAGAAAGUGUGAGGAUAAAAAUAUGUAAGCUUAUAUUCAUUUUUAGAAUUUUAACAAAGCAUGCUGGUAUGUUUUUUCGAAAUAAAUAUUUUCACCUUGUUAUAGAUGAAAUAUUAAAUGCCCUUUUAUUAUAAAUACGGUAACAAAACCAAGAUCAUUCUAUUUUGAAAAUAGUAAUAUUUUUAUUGAUCAGCUGAUAAAUGUUUUAACAUCAGAACUUUUUAGGAUUUUCAUAGUUUUACUGGUUUUGAUUGUCAAGAUUAAAGGGUUAAUGUAAUUUAAAGUAUACUUUUUUCCAACGAAUUCUGUGCUCAACUUCUAUUUUGAAUUAUAUAGUAUGCUGUGAAUUGUGUUGUGCAUAAAAUUUCUGUAGAAAAUAUAGAAAGUUUGUUGUAAGCUCGACAUUAAGAUGUAUUUUAAGACCUCAAACUGCUGAUGGAGAAGGUAAGGUUUUUCUUUGCUACUGUUUGUUAGAUUUUACUUCUGUUAUUUGUUAGAUGUUUUAGUGUUUAAAUUCAAUAUUUGAUGUAAGAAUUAAACAUAGCACCUGUGCCAAGUUUUACACAUGCAUGAGACUUCUUUAAAAAAUAAUUUAAAAUAUAAUAUGCCAUUUUUUAAUUUGUAAAUUAAAUUAGUUAAAUCCAGGACAGAAAGCCAAAGAUUAUAAUAUUUUUUUUGUUAUACGGAGGAGUUUUUGUAUGUAUAUAUUCACUUUAUGAGUAGACAGAUAUAUUAGACUUUGUUGAGUUCUCUGUAUUUAUGUAGUGUACAAUUUUAUUUAAUGUGAUAUGGUUCCAGUCACAUAGAGUUAGGUUUUACUUGUACAUUUUUGUUAAAUGAUGUGGACAAGUUGGACACUGUAUUGUUUUCCUGAUUAUUUUUUUGUAGUGUUGUAUGUAACAAGUAGAUGUUUUGAAAUUUUAAGGCAGAAAUACAAUCUGAUGAUUUAAAGCUGUAAGUUCCUGUAUAGGUUUAAGGUUGUCUUUUGUUUUUAUUAUACAGUUGUACUUAAUAGUAUUAACCUGUUGCACUCUCCUUAUUGUGUGUUUUUUUUGACUUGGAAAACCUUUCCUUUUGACUUUAGAGAUCUUUGUGUAACAAAAGCUACUUUUAUUCUUUCCUUUUGAAAAAAUAAAAGUAGCUUUAUUACACAAGGUCCUCUAAAGUCAAAAGGAAAGAAUAAAAGUAGCUUUUGUAACACAAGGUCCUCUAAAGUC